UACCUGCACUUCCCUAGUUAUCUAACUUCCAUUCAGAACAGAAAGGCACUAACUUUUUGAUUUUGUUCCAACAUAUAUACAUUGGUGCAAACAUAUGUGAUUAUGGCUUUGAGGGUGGUUUUGGUUUUGGCGAUGGUGGCAGUUGCUCUGCAUUGUAACUGUGCUAGUGUCGGGCACAUGCCUUCAAACAUAAAUGAAGGUCACGAUUUUCAGGAGGUUAAAGACAAGACGACCCAAACUGCUAACAAAGCAGGGGAAACAGCAAAAGAGGGUAAAGAAGCCUCAGAAUCAUGGACUGAAUGGGCUAAAGACAAACUCAGUGAAGGACUCCGGUUUAAACAUGAUCAAGAACCCAAGGACACCACUACUAAGAAAGUUUCUGACUGUGCCUCAGACGCUGCACAAAAAACCAAGGAUUAUGCCAGUGACACUGCACAGAAAUCCAAGGACUACGUUGGUGACACGGCACAAAAGACCAAGAAUUAUGCCGAUGAUGCUGCCCAGAAAACCAAGGACGCGGCUCAGAAGACCAAAGACUAUGUAGGUGAUGCUGCUCAGAAAACCAAAGAUUCUGCUGCUCAGAAGGCGAAAGAUUAUGCCAGUGAUGCUGCUCAGAAAGCGAAAGAAUAUGCGGGUGAUGCUACCCAGAAGACCAGAGAAUAUGCGGGUGAUGCUGCCCAGAAGACCAGAGAAUAUGCGGGUGAUGCUGCCCAGAAGGCCAGAGAUUAUGCUGGUGAUGCUGCCCAGAAGACCAAAGAAUAUGGUGGUGAUGCUGCCCAGAAGGCCGGAGAUUAUGCUGGUGAUGCUACUCAGAAGACCAAAGAUUAUGCCAGUAGUAGUGCUCAGAAGGGCAAAGAUUAUGCCGGCGAUUCGGCUCAGAAAAGCAAAGAUUAUGCCAGUGAUGCAGCACAGGAUGCCAAAGAGUAUGCCAAUGAUGCAGCACAGAAGACCAAAGACUAUGCUGGUAAUGCUGCUCAGAAGACCAAAGAGGCAUCUGAUUAUGGCAGUGACACUGCUCAGAGGACCAAAGAUUAUGCCACUGAUGCUACCCAGAGAACCAAAGGGGCUUCUGAUUAUGCCAGUGACACUGCUCAGAAGACCAAAGACUAUGCUGGUGACAAAGCUCAGAGAACCAAAGAAAAGGUCCAAGACAUUGCUUCUGAGGCUGGUCAAUACAGUGCGGAGAAGGCAAGGGAAAUGAAAGACAUUGCAGCAGAGAAGGCUAGUGACAUAGCAAAUGCAGCCAAGGAAAGCAUAGCCUCUAACUACGAGGCUGCAAAGCAAAAAUCACAAGAAGUCAAAGACAAAUUAGGUGGAAAACACCGGGAUGCUGAGCUUUGA